GCUCUGUCACAGGGAGUUUGUUUGGGACCUGUUCAAUGGCAAAAAAAAAAAUCUUCUUUAUAGUUAAAACAUAGGCUCAAAAUAUUUCAUUUUAAUCCUUUUUCUAAUUAUUUUUGUAAAAAAAUAUAUAAUUACUCUCAAAUAGCCUAAUUAUAGUCUAAACACUUAGCUACAGUAACAUCUAAUAGUCUGAUUAUAAAUGGAUAAUUUUGUACGUUGGUGUUUUUUUUAUUAUUGUUUACACAAUUUAGCCCCCUGCAUAUAAACAAUGGAUCUACUAACACUAGAGGGAGCUGUUUAGACUAUUUAUCAUAGACCGUAUAAAUACAGUCUAUGCUCUUUAUGUAUGAGGUCAUAUAACGCACAGUAAGGCACAGGCUACAAAAAGACCGUUUUCCAGCAGUUCAACAAAAUUGCUUUGUUCCUCCACCUCAAAGAAAACCACAUAAAAGAUAUGAAAUAAAAUAAAUAAACUAUUGACAGUAAAAGUUUGUUAAGUUAUAUUAUUAUAUUUAGGUUAGAAAGUCCUGUGCACUUUUCUGCUUCAUACGGCAUUUUUCCCUGUAUUGAACAAAAAGAAAAACAGAUUCCAGCUCUGGCAGGUGGUUCUGUUCUUGAGUCUUAAUGUGGACCAUGCAGAACCAGCUCUAAAUAAUUCUGACACUUCUGAGAAAGAAACAGAUGGAAACUGGAGCUAUCCCUGGAUAAAAGACACUCUAUGCUGAUUGUUUAUAUGUUGAGAGGAAUCAUGGCAACAUUACUUGUGGUGGUUUUGGUCUGCAGCUUUGUUCCAACGGACAUGUCAGAAUUGGACUCAUGUGAAACAGAAGUAGCAGCUCUCAAGAAAAGUAUAAAGCAACUGGAGAAUAACCUUUUGAUCGGAGUUUGGCAGAUACGAUACCUGCAGACGCACAAAUAUUUUCAGCCUCUUCACCAGACUACAUCAAACCAGGAUCCACAAUCACCAGCUGUCGGUGAUGGGACCAACAGUAGCAGGACAGUGGACAGUUUGGACAGUAGACAAACAACGCGACUCCCGUCUGCAGGCAGUCUUAUAGUACAUGACAAAGACUGUUCAGAGCUGUUUGACAGACAGAGGUCUCCAAGUGGCUUUUACAGGGUCAGGCCCAUUUCCAACCAGGACCCUGUGUUGGUUUACUGUGACAUGGAUGACGGCGGUGGAUGGACAGUGUUUCAAAAACGCAGACACGGCAAAGUAGAUUUCAAUAGAGACUGGGUGGACUACAGAGAUGGAUUUGGGGACUUUAAACUGUGGAAUGAUGAGUUUUGGUUGGGCAAUGAACACAUUCACUCAUUGCUUUCAAAAGGUAAAAAUUUGGUGAAGAUAGACUUGAUGGACUGGGAAGGACACAGAAAUUAUGCCUUUUAUGAGAACUUCAGGAUCAAUGCUGAAUCUGAUAAGUACCGCCUUCAAUAUGGCCAGUACAGUGGUAAAGCGGGCGAUGCUCUGACAGGAGGAGGAGGGAUGGUGGAGCAGUGGUCUGCUUGUCUCAGUGGGAUGCAAUUCAGCACCAGAGAUCAGGAUAAUGACCGAUAUCAUCAAGGCAACUGUGCUCAGGAGAAUCAAGCUGGCUGGUGGUUCAACCGAUGUCAUGCAGCCAACCUAAAUGGCAAAUACUACAGAAACGGGAAGUAUUCUGGUCAGCUGGACAAUGGUGUGGUUUGGGGUCCGUGGAGAGGUCUCUGGUACUCCCUUCGGCACACGACAAUCAAAGUGAGACCAUUGAUGUUCCUGGAUGCUGUGGGGAGCGGAGAUGGAGCAUUUUAA